AUGCAAACCAUGGAUGAGGAUACACCGGAGAGGCACGGCAUCCUUGUGCAGAGACAGAGAAAGGUGGUGAUGGACAUACCCUUAGACAACAAGGAGGACCUGGACAAGGGGAAGGAGGAGGCCAAAACGAUAAAGGAACAAGAGCCUGAGAAUGCUGGCGAGUCUGGCCCACAGGGUGAGAGUUUGACAAAAAUUGGAAUUCCUAUGGAUAUUGAAAACCAAAAAAGACCCUUAAAAGGAGUGACGUUUUCCAGGGACGUAGUAGUUGUGGAUCUUUGGAAGAAAUACCCUACACCUCAGAGCUGUACUCGAGAACAUGAGAACAUAAAGAGAAAAAAUGAAGCUCCAAAAGCUAAGUCGGAUUUUACCGGUGCCCUAGGCAUAACUUUAAAGGGCGAAAUUCCAGAAGCAGAGGAGACACCAUUCCUUGGGAGGGGUGGAAUCCAUCUUGAAGAAAUGCUGAGCAUGAACCCAAUUAGCAUGGCUCCUCCUAAAGGGGCCAUUUCCCAGAAAUCUCCACCUAUCCCUUUGAAUAAGCAUGAUGCCUUUUCCCUACCCAAAACUUCUUAA